AUGUUUAGAUCGCGUCCCAGACUGCUUUUCGCGGCCAUCAAGCCCAGACGACCGAUGUCGUAUUGGAAUGUGGGGGCCAACAUCAAGCAUUUCCGUCACGCGAUGAGAAACUCGGACUCUCCAUCGCUCGCCGUGCGUCUGCUGUAUCUGGGCGGAAUCGCAGCAGGCCUCAACCUGGCCUUUAAUUCAAUGCUCUUUGUGCUGACCAACCUGUACAUGAACGAGCUGGAAACAAUCUCAUGGGGCUUUGGUUUUAGGGCUAACAGCGAGUUCAAAAACGGCCUUGCCAACGAGAUGAUUGUUAACGAUCCGAAAAAGGCCAACCAGCACUACUCUAACGCUCUGAAGCUCAUCAGUAAGGCCAAUGGAUUAGAGGAAGACGAGCUGCUUGGAUAUCAACAGCUCGACAGGCAUUUACAACAAAAAGACAUUUCAUAUAUCUCGAGCUACAGCGAUCUUGUGCUACGCUAUGCGUUGACGCUUGGCUCCAAGAGCCGAGACCGAGCAGUGGAAUGCAUCAUGUACGCGCUCAAAUUACAGGAUAGAUAUGGAGAAAAAGCACAAACAGAAGUGGGGGCUUACUCGCUCCGAAAUUUGGGUCUUCGCUACCUUGCAGACGUCGAGAAAGAGGACAAGCGUGUGGAUACGGCAGUAAAUAUGCUCACGGAGGCCAUUCAAGUGAUGCAGAAUCAUGAAUUUUCUCAUUCGUUAGGGCCCGACGAAAUUCCACCGACAGAAACUUGCUCGUCGCAACUAGUUUCCUCAAUUGUUGAACUGUGCGUUCUGUACGCUUCGACGCGUGAGCCAACCUACGUGAACAAAUCAUUCAAGCUGCUUGUAUCGCUGCUGACAAAUCUCGAGAACGAGUCGCGUGCGCUCGCAAAGAGCUCGCAGCCAGAUGCUAAAAAUAUCAAGUCAGAUAAGAUCCCACUUGUCAAGCUGCAACUCAGUGAAAUACUAUGGUACAAAGGACAACAUGGGCCUGCACUGGAGUUUGCGAAAGAGUCAGCGUUUGAGGCAGAUUUGUUCUCCCGAGACAAUGCAAACAGCGCAAAAAUCGCCAAAGUCGGCUACCAAAAUCUUGCUACCAUGUACUCUGAGCUAGGAGACAAUGAGGCGGCCGAGCUGUGCAUGCUGAAAGCCAACCGCAUUGAGAUUCCUGUCUCUGCGUUCGCUGCACCUUCGCGAACCGUCAGAAACACUGUUUUGCGGCAUUAUCUUGGGCCCUGGAGCGUUGCAUUUUUCGCUUAA